AUGUCUGGAGCUACCAUAUACUACGAGCCCACCGUCUGCAACUGCGAUGGUACCGACUACUCACAGAGCGACAUCAACGUCGCAGCCUCCGAGGCGCUGAGGAUGGCAAAGGCGGGAAAGACCUUGGGAGAUGAAAAGUUCCCUCACGCAUGGAAUGACUACGAACACUUCAACUUCCAGCACGCCGAAGCGCCGUACCUGGAGUACCCCAUCCUGCAAGGCGGCAAGCCGUACGACGGCGGCCACGCCGGCAACGACCGAGUGAUCCUGGGGAGCAUCGCGGCCGACUUCAGCAGUGCCGUGUACUGCUCCGUGACGACCCAGAACGGGCAGAGCGCGAACGGCUUUGCGGCGUGCAAGGACGACUCGAUGAACCCGCGCGGAAAGGGCACGCUUCCUCUCGGCAAGGAGGGGCGGAAGCUGUUGACGAGGAUUGACCUCUAG